UUCAGUCAUCGUUGCAGCGUCCGCCUGCGUUGAUCAUAAGUGAACUUGAUGAUCACAUCAUCUCAUUUCUAGUACUCUAUUUAUCUCACGUUAUAUAAAUAACAUUCCUUAUUUUAUUGACUUAAGAGCCGAUUAUUAUUUAACUCUAAUGUGAAAUUAUAUGAUUAAUUUUAUUAUAAACGUUUUUUUUUAAUUUUAUAAAUUUCCAAAAAUACUUUUUUAUUUAUCAUGAUGGGAUUUUAUCAGAUAGGCUUGUCUGCAGUGAUCGCUAUUACUGCCGCCUAUCUUUUUACCGGAAGUCGAUGGCGCACAUUAUUUAUCAUUUACAAAACUCUACCCAGAGAUAUAACAGGAGCAUUUAGAUUUUUUAAAGUAAAUUUUUUACUAUGGUAUUGGGAAAAACGUGGGUUUACAGUUGCUAAAUUAUUGCAUAGACAAGCCCAAGCUUAUCCACACAAAAUAGCUUUAAUUUAUGAAAAUCAAGAAUGGACUUAUAAUCAGUUAGAUGAUUUUACUGACCGAUUAGCAUAUUGCAUUCGCACCCAACCAAUCAAUCGUGGUGAUAGUGUUGCCUUACUUAUGGGAAAUCAUCCAGAGUAUGUUGGAAUUUGGCUAGGAUUAAGUAAAGCAGGUUUUGUAACUGCCUUGAUUAAUACAAAUUUACGUAAAGAUGUUUUAAUACACAGUAUCAAAGCAGCCGGUUGUAAAGCUAUUAUUUUUGGAUCAGACUUCAAAGAUGCGAUCGAUGAAAUAAAAACAAAAUUACCUGAUCUAGCUUUAUAUCAAUGGUCAGAAAAUAAAAAUCAAUCAAUUUUACAAGAUGCAUUUGAUUUAAAUAGUUUAGUAGAUAAAAAUUCAUCUAAAAGUAUCGAUAUUGAUUUAUCAUUCGGUCAUCCUCGAGAUAAAUUAAUUUAUAUAUACACAUCCGGUACUACUGGAAUGCCAAAAGCUGCAGUUAUUAAUAAUCUCAGGUAUAUGGUGAUAUCUUGUGGUGUUUAUUACAUGCUCGGCCUUCGGCAAACGGAUCGUGUUUAUGAUGCACUGCCACUGUACCAUUCAGCAGGUGGUAUUGUCGGUGUUGGUCAAGCACUUUGCACUGGAAUAACAGUGGUGUUGCGAAAAAAAUUCAGCGCCUCUAAAUUCUGGGAUGACUGUAUUCAGUACGAUUGCACUGUUGCUCAAUACAUAGGUGAAAUUUGUCGAUUUUUACUAUCAGUACCACCUAGUCCUAACGAUACUAAUCACAAAAUCCGUUUGAUGUUUGGCAAUGGAUUACGACCGCAAAUAUGGAAAACUUUUGUUAACCGAUUCCAGAUUAAACAAAUUGGUGAAUUCUAUGGUGCCACUGAAGGAAAUUCUAAUUUAGUCAAUAUUGAUAACAGAGUAGGUGCCGUCGGCUUCAUACCAAAAUUUGCCGGGCGUUUAUAUCCCGUAACUCUAUUGAGGAUUGAUGAAGAGACCGGUGAGCCAAUUAGACGAAAUGGAUUAUGCGUUCCCUGCAAAGCAGGCGAACCAGGAAUAUUUGUUGGUAAAAUAAACCCUAAGAAAGCAGUAAAUGAUUUUAGUGGGUACGCUGAUGAAAAAGAAUCUGAAAAAAAAAUUCUUUAUGAUGUUUUCCAAAAAGGAGACCGGGUUUUUAAUUCAGGUGACAUUUUAGUAAUGGAUGAGCUUGGAUAUUUUUAUUUUAAAGAUAGAAGAGGAGAUACGUACAGGUGGAAAGGUGAAAAUGUUGCAACAGCUGAAGUAGAAGCUGUCAUCAGUAACAUUUUAAGUUUAAAAGACUGCGUUGUUUAUGGUGUUGAAAUUCCCGGGAAUGAGGGUAAAGCUGGAAUGGCUGCAAUCUACGAUCCCGAAAAUUCAUUAAAUCUUCAAGAGUUGGCGGAAGGUCUAAAAAAAGGUUUACCGUCAUACGCUCGACCACUUUUUGUUAGAGUUUUAUCACAGUUACCUCUAACAGGUACAUUCAAACUUCAAAAACGUGAUCUUCAAAGAGAAGGAUACAAUGUAACAAAGAUCAAAGAUCCUGUAUACAUUUUAGAUAAAUCUGGCAGCUAUAUAAAAUUCACUGAACAAGACUAUCAACGUUUAUUAACGGAAAAACUGCGAGUUUAAUUGUAAAUACUUUGAAUUAUUAAAAUAAUGUUGACCAAAAAGAUAAGAAAUUAUUAGAGAUUUGAAAAAUAAAAUUAAAAGAUGUAAAACUAUAUUUUCAUAAAAAAUAAAAAAAUUAAAUAUUUUUUAAUUAUAUAGAAAACAAGUUUUGGAAAUCCAAAAUUGCACGACUGUUAAUACUUAUUUUAUUGUCAAUAAACAAAAAAAAAAAUAAUGCCACAAAAAAAUUGUUUUUC